AUGAGAGUUGUAGAUGAGGAUAACUUGAACAAACCUUUUGGAGGAAAAGUUGUGAUUUUGGGUGGAGAUUUCAGGCAAAUUUUACCUAUCGUUAGGAAAGCCAAUCGACGUGAUAUAAUGAAGUCCUCUGUUAACUCUUCUAAUAUAUGGCAUAGCGGUAAGGUCUUAAAGCUCACAAAAAACACGAGGUUAAUUGGUGAUGGCACAAGUGAUAGUGCAAAUGAGAUCAGAGAUUUUGCAAAAUGGAUUUUGGGAAUUGGAAAUGGUGAUAUGGUUGCAGAUGAAGAUGGAGAGAGCAUCAUGGAUAUUCCAGAGGAUUUGUGCAUUCCUCCAUGCAACAAUCCUCUACAAACAUUGGUUGAUUUUGUUUAUCCAGGUAUUGUUAAUAACAUUGACAAUCGAAGGAUCUUUGAAGAGAAAGCGAUACUUGCUCCUACUCUUGAUUCUGUUGAACAAGUCAAUGAGUAUGUUUUGUCACUAAUUGAAGGGGAAUCAAGAGAGUACCUCAGUUCGGAUACACCUUGCAAAUCCGAUGAGGACUAUGAUAUUCAAGGGGAUUGGUGCACUACUGAAUUUCUGAAUGACAUAAAGUGUUCGGGAAUACCAAACCACAGGUUGAUUCUGAAGACCGGAGUUCCCAUCAUGUUGUUAAGAAACAUUGAUCAAGCAAAUGGCUUAUGUAAUGGAACACGACUACAAGUCAAUCACCUUGGAAAAAAUAUCAUUACUGCUACUGUCAUUACUGGCAAGGGUAUUGGCCAAAAAGUACUAAUCCCAAGGAUGGAUUUAGUUCCCACAGAUUCAGGAUUUCCAUUCAAAUUUUCAAGAAGACAAUUUCCGAUCUCAUUGUGCUUUGCAAUGACCAUAAACAAGAGUCAAGGACAAUCAUUGUCUAAGGUUGGAUUGUAUCUACCUCGACCUGUUUUCACACAUGGGCAGUUGUAUGUAGCUGUGUCUAGGGUAACCACAAAGAAAGGGUUGAAAAUGUUGAUUUUCGAUGAAGAAGGCAAUCCAUGCACCUCAACUCUCAAUGUUGUUUAUCCGGAGGUGUUUUCUAAUUUGUAG